AUGGCCACGCAGGUGAUGGGGCAGUCUUCCGGAGGAGGAGGGCUGUUCACCGGCAGUGGCCCCAUGGGCAUGGCCUUGCCAAAUGACAUGUACGACUUGCCCGACCUCUCUCGAGCUGAACUGGCUGCGCCUCAGCUCAUCAUGUUGGCAAACGUGGCCUUAACUGGGGAAGUAAAUGGCGGCUGCUGUGAUUAUGUGGUUGGCGAAGAAAGACAGAUGGCAGAAUUGAUGCCUGUUGGGGAUAGCAACUUCUCAGAUAGUGACGGAGAAGGACUUGAGGAGUCUCCUGAGGCGAAAGGCGAACCCAGGGGGCUGGAGAAGAUGGAACUGGAAAGUUUGGAACUCAGCGUUGUCCAGCCACGGCCUGUGUUCGAGGCGUCAGCUGCCUCAGAAACGUACAGCUCCAACAAAGACCUUCCUCAGGAGACCCCCGCAGCAGAGGACAAGUGCAAGAACUUGAAGACCAAACCCUUCCGCUGUAAACCGUGCCAGUACGAAGCAGAAUCUGAAGAGCAGUUUGUGCAUCACAUCCGAGUUCAUAGCGCCAAGAAAUUUUUUGUGGAGGAGAGUGCAGAGAAGCAAGCGAAAGCCAGGGAAUCCGGCUCUUCUCCCGGGGAAGAGGGCGAUUUCUCCAAGGGCCCCAUCCGCUGUGACCGCUGUGGCUACAACACCAAUCGCUAUGAUCACUACACUGCUCACCUGAAACAUCACACCCGAGCCGGCGACAAUGAGCGCGUCUACAAGUGCAUCAUAUGCACGUACACCACAGUGAGCGAGUAUCACUGGAGGAAGCACCUGAGAAACCACUUUCCAAGGAAGGUUUACACGUGUGGGAAAUGCAACUAUUUUUCAGACAGGAAAAACAAUUAUGUUCAGCAUGUUCGAACUCAUACAGGUGAACGUCCGUAUAAAUGUGAACUUUGUCCUUACUCAAGUUCUCAGAAGACUCAUUUAACCAGACAUAUGCGUACUCAUUCAGGUGAGAAGCCAUUUAAGUGUGACCAGUGCAGUUAUGUGGCCUCUAAUCAGCAUGAAGUAACCCGCCACGCAAGACAGGUUCACAAUGGGCCCAAACCUCUAAACUGCCCCCACUGUGACUACAAAACAGCAGACAGAAGUAACUUCAAAAAACACGUGGAGCUGCAUGUGAAUCCACGGCAGUUUAACUGCCCUGUGUGUGACUAUGCAGCUUCCAAGAAGUGUAAUCUGCAGUAUCAUUUCAAAUCUAAGCAUCCUACUUGUCCUAAUAAAACCAUGGAUGUCUCAAAGGUGAAACUAAAGAAAACCAAGAAGCGAGAGGCUGACUUGCCUGAUAACAAAAUCACCAGUGAGAAACCAGAAACAGAGCAGGCAAAAGUAAAGGGGGAUGUGACUGGGAAGAAAAACGAGAGGUCUGUAAAAGUGGAGAAGAAAGAGAACGUUCCAAAAGAGAAACGGCCUUGUAGUAAUGCCUCAAGCCAGGUGACCACCAGAACUCGCAAAUCGGCCAUGGAAGCUAAAGAAGUGGAUGUGUCCCCAGGAAACAAUUCAGAAAAGAGCUGCAAAAGCAAGAAAAGCAAAAGGAAGGUGGAAGCUGAAGCCCAAUCCUUACAAGAGCCUGUUAAUGAUGAGGAACCUGUGACUAAAAAGAAAAAGAAGGCAGAAAGCAAAUCCAAAAAUAGUCAGGAAGUGCCAAAGGGUGACAGCAAAGUAGAGGAGAAUAAAAAGCAAAACAUUUGCUUGAAAAACAAGAGGAAAACCGUGAGAAGUAAACCAUGUAAGAAAAGCAGCCAGCCUGCUCAGAGGAGGCCUGCUCAGAUGGAGUCUGCUCAGGUGGGGUGUGUUCAGACGGAGCCGCCCCCUCCUCCUCCCCCUUCCCCUCCCCCUCCCCCUCCUGUGGGGGGUGUUGAGGUCGAGGUUGUCCAGAAGGGGCCUGUUCAGAUGGAGCCAUCUCCUCCCCUGGGGCCUGUUCAGGUGACCCCUGUUCAGAUGGAGCCAUCUCUUCCCCUGGGGCAUGUUCAGGUGACCCCUGUUCAGAUGGAGCCUCCUCCUCCCCUGGAGCCUGUUCAGGUGACCCCUUUUCAGAUGGAGCCAUCUCCUCCCCUGGAGCCUGUUCAGGUGACCCCUGUUCAGAUGGAGCCUCCUCCUCCCCUGGGGCCCGUUCAGGUGACCCCUGUUCAGAUGGAGCCUCCUCCUACCCUGGAGCCUCCUCCUCCCCUGGGGCCUGUUCAGGUGACCCCUGUUCAGAUGGAGCCUCCUCCUCCCCUGGAGCCUGUUCAGGUGACCCCUGUUCAGUUGGAGCCUCCUCCUCCCCUUCCCCCUCCUCCCCCAGAGCCUGCUCAGGUGGGGUCUGUUCAGACAGAGCCUCCCCCUCCCCCCGUGGGGGAUGCUGAGAUGGAGGUGGUUCAGAAGGGGUCUGUUCAGACAGAGCCUCCUCCUCCCACGGAGCCGCUCCCCAGAAGGUCUCCUCGCAAAGAUCAUAGAAAGGAGAAGCCCAGCAUGCUGAGUGAAAGGGCGCGGAAGGAGCAGGUCCUUAUUGAGGUCGGCUUAGUGCCUGUUAAAGACACGCAGCGUCUGAGAGAAAGUGCCUGUGCCCAGGGUCUCUCCCCACCAUCACCGCCCCUGCCAAAGGAACACUUAAACGGGGAGGAAUCGAAAGACCAAAAUUUGUUCCCUGCAGGCGAAGGAAAUAAAGAAGCCCCUCUUCAAAAAGCUGGAGCAGAAGAGGCAGAUAAGAGUCCGGCUGGUCUUGCUGCUGUUGUCAAGGCAUCUGCCAACACUUCAUCCCCUGAACAAAACUUGAAUGUGCCAGAGGGUGAAACUUCGGAGGAUAGACGUCAGGCCGAAGCUAUGCUCUGUGAAAUGGUGGACGCUGACGAGAAGAAAGCAGAGAAUUUCCCCAGCAGAGACUCGGCCCUUGAAGAACCAGCUUCACCACCACUUCCUGCUCUGCCGCUGGAAAGACAUGAAGCCGUGUCCACAGCGGCUGUGGCAUCCCCGCCUGGCACCGUGGCAGCAAGCGAGUCUCAGGAAAUGGAUGAAGACGAAGGCAUCCACAGUCACGAUGGGAGCGACCUGAGUGACAACACGUCAGAGGAUAGUGACGAUUCUGGGUUGAACGGGGCUCGGCCAGUCCCACCGGACACCAGUGGGAAAGAUGGAAAGGAGGCCUUGGCUGUCAGAGUGGCCGAGGGAGAUUUCGUUUGUAUCUUCUGUGAUCGUUCUUUUCGAAAGGAAAAAGAUUACAGCAAACACCUCAAUCGCCAUCUGGUUAAUGUGUACUUCCUUGAAAAGGCAGCUCAAGGGCAGGAGUAA